UUAUUAAGUAACACCUAAUCCUAAUCACGACAUGGAAAUGAGUACUAGAAAAAUGGUAACUUUCUUCGUCUUAGGGAUACUUCUGGUCAUAAAUAUAGAUAUAUCAAAUGGAGGAUGUGCUCCAAUGAGAUACGACAUCGCAUUUUAUUUCGUUAUUGAUGACCAAGUUUCAACAACAGGCAAAAAGCAGGGUCAGGUGGAUUUUGCAAAGGCAGUUGUCGCAAAAUUUAGUGUUGGGUACAUGCAAACCCGUUUUUCCUGUCAUAUAUAUGGGACUUCUCCGACUGAACUUUUUGAUUUCAAAACUAAAACUACAGUUACUGGUAUAAAUGAUGCUCUAGAUGAAUUCACAAGUAAAACAGGAUCCGGAAGUGUAGAAACAAUAGAAAACUUGAAAUAUGUAUGGACAGACAUAUUUACCGAAACAAAGGGGGAUAGACCAGAUAUACCAAAUUACUGUCUUAUGAUAGCAAUAGGUGAGAACAAUGAUACAUACUCCCUAGCAGGAAAAGAAAAACCAGACACUAUUGAUCUUAGGAUAUACGAUGCUGAAGCUGGUUAUACACAUCGAAAUUACUACACUGACAGACAACUUGAGCAGACAGCAACUAAAUACAUAAAGAUAAGUUCUUUGAGUAAUUUUUUAACAGAAGCAGAAGCUUUUACAGCUGUCUUCACAUGCGAUUAUUUUUGUGAUGUGAACUAUUUUACUUAUGAUGAACCAGAAAAUUUAAACACUAAUGCAGACAAAGCGACAGGUAAAAUAACGAUAUUAAUGGAUUCGGCAUGGGAAAUAACAUGUUGUGGAGUGAUUACAUCCUGGAUCUUUUAUGUCAAAGCCAGCGGCACACUUAAGAUCGGAGUAUUACGAAGUACUACAAAUGCCAAUAUUUACAGAGUUGUAGGGUUCACCUCAAUUAUUAUUCCAGACACUUACAUAAAUACCUUGGUUACCUAUGAUAAUGCUGCCGACGAAAAUAUUGCUAUCAUGGAAGGAGAUAAAAUUGCAUGGUACUCGUCUGGUGCCAACAUAAUAUCAUAUUCGACAUGUGCAACCACUACACGAAGUGACUGUCCACAGUCAACAAGACAAGUAACGUUUUCAGGAGGACUGGAAUCUGGUGAAACGAUCGACAUUUCGAGCGCAUCCACUCUCACUAAUAAAGCAUGGGCUCUAAAAUUUACAACAAAAAAUAACACCGAAAUUAUUAUCAGGACGAAUGAAAACGAAACAGAACUUGAAGAGAACACUGCAGUAGGUAAAUCAGCUAUUUUUCUUACAAUUGAAGAUCCUGAUGCCUUCGAAGACUACAGUUUUACAGUAACAGGGGAUCUCGACCAUUUGGAGUUAAACGUGGAUACGAUGACCCUUGAUUUAAAAAAGAAGUGGCCACCAGGAGGAGUGGAUAAACCACAAGUUGUGACAAUUGUAGGUACUGAUACAUGUCAGCAUACAGCAACUGUUACCCUUACUGUUAACUCUUAUAACGAGCCACCUAUUAUUAACAACCUUCCUCACAUCAUUGAAAUACUUGAGACGACUAAAACGGCAGUUCCUUUGUUCCAAAUCAAUGUUACAGAUGCUACCAAGGAUGAAAUAUGCUGCACCAUGCCAUUCACUUUACCUAAUACGUUCAACUUUGAGCUGAAAAAUACAACUGAUGUAUAUGGAAAUGUUACUGGUUUUUGGUUAUAUACCAUAGCAGCACCAGCAUUUGAAUACAGUGACAUUGAUUCGUAUCGUGUGUUUGUAUGUUGUCAAGACCCAUAUGGUUCGUCGUACAGUUAUUUAAUUCUAAGAUUGACAGAAGUGAAAAUCAUUGUGCCAUAUGUUCCACCUGAUUGGUUUUUCAGAGCACUGAUUCUAAGUUUGACACCAAUAGGUUUGAUGACAGCGGUGUCCUGCUUUACGUUACUUUUUACAGUAUUUUGGUUAUAAAGAUGUUCAACAAACAAUACAGUCAUUUGCAAAGAUAACCUACACUCUGUAAAAACAAUACACUAUAUACAAAAAGAAAGAAGACGGAAUACCUUUCACAAUAAACUAGUUUUGUACACAGA